GAACGUGGGAACGAAUAGAGUAGGUCGAAGCGUCUCGGUCGUGAUGAACGAACGGUGUGCGGUUGAGUUUAACAAUUAUUUUGUUAGAAUUGUCGUGGGAUACAAUUUAAUAAAUAUUGUUUUAUAAAAAAAUAAACGAUAUCAAAUAUAGUUUAACGAAUCGGGUUUAAUAGAAACGAGUUGGAGUUUAGAAUUAGUUUUAUUUUUUUUAAGGGGGAGUAUUAAGGUUUAGUAAUUGAGCGACGGCGCUUUACUAGAGAUGAUUCACGGGGGCAAUUGACGGCGCUCGACGGCGUUUAGUACGCGUCGGAUUGCCGAUGCCAUGUGCGGGGGUUGUGGCGUCGACGACGGCAUCGCGACGGUGGCAUCGCGACGCACCCCAGUGCCGUCGUGUCCUCGUUCGCGCCGGUAAAGCGCACUCUCGACGCCCUCCCCUUGAUCCUCGUUAUAUUUCGAAUUCGGUCCGCGGUUUUGAUAGUGAAUAGCGCACCGACUAACGGAGAAACUGUCAACUCGCAAAAAAAAUAAACGCAAAAAAGAGAGAGUUUAAAAAGACGUGAAGAGAAGCGAGAAGAAGAAAAAGUAAAGAGACGUGCGUCUAAAUCACCACUUAGUUUUACUCAGUUCGCGGAGAAUAAUGGGACGAUUAUUAAUGUAUGUGAAAAUUUUACGUGUUAUUUUCUUUGUUGAUAUAUGACGGUACGAUAGAUGUUUAAAUUUGAAAGUGCGAUGACAGAUAGUCCGGAAAAGGAGGAAAAGCUUCACGCAAUUGGCGUGUCGAGCGAACCGGACGGUGACGGUGACGUGCGGUCGAAAGACGACGCGUGCAGGACGCUAACGUGGCACGAGCACGUGUACAAGAAGUUGACAAACAAGCCAACCCCUCAUUAUAUAGAAAAUAUACUCGGUCUUCAAUCGAAAACAACGUGUCAGGGUGAAGAUAACUGCAGGAAAACCGUAUCAUUGACUGAAACGCCGCAGGACGAUUCGACUGAGCCGAAGGAAGAAGUAAAUGAGCCACUUAAUUUAUCAAUAAAAACAGAUGCACCCGCUACUAAAAGAACAAAAAGUUGUAAUAAAGAUGUUACUAGGAAAAGAAAAAAAGCAAGAGAUUUGGAGUGCAAAACUCCCGUUUCUUGUAUCACACCAGACAGUAUUGCUGAAGAUGCGGACGUAAAGUGUAAAAAGAAAAAAGCGAGAACUACGUUUACUGGCCGACAAAUUUUCGAACUUGAAAAACAAUUCGAAUUAAAGAAAUAUCUUAGUAGCAGUGAACGGUCGGAGAUGGCAAAAUUAUUGAAUGUCACAGAAACUCAGGUAAAAAUAUGGUUUCAAAAUCGACGAACAAAAUGGAAGAAAAUAGAUAAUAUUUCGAAUGCUGAAGCGGCAGAGCACAAGAACCACGGUCCGAAGGAUGCGAAAGAGGAGUUACCGCCGUCGAAGCUUCGAAACUAUCCAAAGCACAUAAGCCAAAGUUCAAAUUCGAGCAUAGAAAGCGACUCAAAGAGCAUAGCGUCGAUAGCGGCCGACUCUUCGGUCGGUGUAAAGAGUUUCAAAGACAUUCUGCAACAAUCCGACCACUUGCCUCUUUCGCCGGACUCGCAUUUCCGGGAGCAGAUGGACACGGCCAAAGAUGUCUUGCUAAACCUCUCCUUCAAUGUUCAAGAGAAUUCAUAAUGUGUUAAUUGUAUAGGUUUCUUCGUGCAUAGACUUUUAAAUGUAAGGUAUGAGUAAUAAUUAAUUACGUGGAUUCUUCAGAGAGUAAAGAGAUUGGUCGCGGAAAAAAUACACAGAGAGUACAAUUAAUUAGUUGCACAUAUAUUAGAAAGAUAUUUUUAAUAUAAACUUAUUUUCAUCGGCAUUCAGACUGUUUUAUAUGUAAAGAAAGACCGCCGAUUGCGGGCAAACCUUUGUAAUGAAAAAUCAAUUACUCGUCAGUAAAUAAAUCGUUUCAAUUAUA